CUCAUCCGUUGGUCAACACCCUUUCGUCACGACGAGGCCUUCUUCUCGAGACCUCACUUCAACUUUGGGAUUGCUCCGAGGUGGCUUGAAGCACUCCAACAACAACUCGUUUGAAAAACACAUGCGACGCUCAGUAUCAGUACCUCCAUCUUCUAGACAUGCCAAUUCUGCAAACCCUGCACAAAUCAGAAAAGCAGCUUCAGACAUUGCAAUCAAUGAAAGUGUGGUAUUCUUCGAGAGACCGAACCGAUUUGCUGAUAGAGCAACCAUUCAAGUAUUCACUGAUGGCUCUACUGAUCAUUAUAGAGGUUCUGGGAUUGGAAUGUACUACGGCCGGGAUCAUCCCUUAAACAGAGGCGUUUAUUUACGGAACGUGAUUAACAGCGGAUUGGCCGAGUUGAUGGCAGCAAGAAUUGGUCUAAACAAUUUGUUAAGAUGGUCAUCAUACAAUGGCGAAAAUGUGGAUCUAAACUCUGAUUAUAUACAGAUUGUUCGUGGAUUGCAGUCCGACAGUAGCGAUUGGGCUUUUUCUGAUGAUUAUCAACGACUGAGAGAUGUUGCUGGACAAUUCCCUCGUGGUGUUUUGUUCCGAUGGGUUCCUGGGCAUACGGGUAUUGAAGGGAAUGAAAUGGCUGAUGCUUUAGCACGACAAGCACGUGAGACUGAAGGGAAAUCCGAUAACUACAACACAAGAAGACGUGAAAGUAGCAGUCAUAGGCGAAAUUCGCAAUCUCCAGCUAUCUCAAAUAAUUCGCGGCGGACUAACUCCUCUUUGUCCGUAUCUUCUAACAAUACUGGUGGAGGCUCAAGGAGUAGAAGUCGUCAACGACAACAUAGAAGUCGGAGCAUGAAUAGGAGUACGAGCAGGCAUCGACGCAGAGAUAGGCAACAAUCAGAAAGGAGUCGUAGUCGUAACAGGAGUCGACAAAGAGGAAGGAGUCGGCAAAGAAGCAGGAGUCGACGUAGGAACAGAAGUCGAAGUAGGAGCAUGAGUCGGAGACGUAACAGAUCAAAUUCUUCCGCUAGAAGUGCCGAAUCGAUGCCACGCUCUGUGUUCAUCUCCCCGAGAUCAGCGAUAUAAAAGAAUGGAGAAUAUUGUACAUAUAU